GAACGGUUCAAGGGAGAUCAUAAAUCAGACGGGGACACUCUCCCGGGCUUAAUACCCCCGACCAGUGGCAACCCAGUUGGUGUCAUCGCAAGUUCUUCAAGAUGUAGCGGUUGUGUUGAUGACGCGAGCCCGCCGCCAGAGUUGCCACCCCCGAAACUACCCCCUAGGGUAAAACUCGCCAACAAACCGCUAGCAGCCAACACGGUCGUCAGCAACAGGGAUAGAUUCACUGAUCACAAUUCUAUCUCACUUAACGGCUGGCUACAGUCGAGCCCGGACAUAAAGGCAGAUGCGAGUGAAACGUUUGUAACGUGCCGGCAACAACACACAGAAGACACACG